UGUUUGGUUUGACAACUGCCACCCAAUACCAGAGAGGCACAUACAACACAAUAAUCUCUCUCUCUUUCCAUUUCUUUUACUAAAUAUUUAAUUAAUUACAUUUUUCAAAAUUAACAAUAAAUAUUUUUUGUUAACAUUAUUUUAUUAUUUUGGGGUCGAUUUUAUAACUUCUUUACAGAGAGAGAGAGAGAGAGAGAGAGAGUGUAGAAGACGAAGGAGAACAGAGAGAGGUGAAGAGGUUGAAGCUGUGGAGAAGGAAUAUUGAUUUCGAUUCGGAGAUCGGGGAAGUUUGAUCUGAGUUCAGAGAUCUGAGAAUCGUUUUCUUCUUCGUUGGUUUUGGCUUUGAGAGUGAUCUGGUGGUGGUAUUUGAUUUGGCGGAAUUGUUGUAAUUCGAAGUGAAAAUGUGGUGGAUGAUGGGUGAAGGAGGAGGGCAUUACUGUUCUAAGAAGACUGAUGAUAUAUGCGCUGAUGUUUGUGGCCAGGAAUCAAGCAAAGUGUUAAGCAUGUCUAGAGUUCGCUGCAUUCUCCGUGGUUUGGAUGUGAAAACUCUUGUCUUUCUCUUUGCCCUUAUCCCAACUUGCAUCUUUUUCAUCUAUGUUCACGGACAGAAGAUCUCAUACUUCUUGCGGCCACUGUGGGAAUCACCACCUAAACCUUUUCAUGAUAUGCCGCACUAUUAUCAUGAGAAUGUGUCAAUGGAACAUCUUUGUAAACUUCAUGGUUGGGGAGUGAGGGAGUAUCCUAGGCGUGUUUAUGAUGCUGUGUUGUUUAGUAAUGAGCUAGACAUCUUGACCAUUCGCUGGAAAGAGUUGUAUCCCUAUAUCACUCAGUUUGUUCUUCUAGAGUCAAAUUCAACGUUUACUGGGAUUACAAAGCCUCUGGUCUUUGCCAGUAAUCGUGAUCAGUUCAAAUUUGUUGAACCUAGGUUGACAUAUGGCACUGUCGGAGGACGGUUUAAGAAAAAAGAAAACCCAUUUGUUGAAGAAGCUUAUCAACGAGUGGCACUGGAUCAGCUUCUCAGAAUAGCAGGCAUUUCAGAUGAUGACUUGCUGAUAAUGUCUGAUGUUGAUGAGAUUCCAAGCAAGCACACCAUUAAUCUGCUGAGGUGGUGUGAUGAUAUACCUCAAGUCCUUCAUCUUCGGCUGAAGAAUUAUCUUUAUUCGUUUGAGUUUCUCGUGGAUAAUAACAGUUGGAGAGCUUCUGUGCAUAGAUAUCAAACUGGAAAGACCAGGUAUGCUCAUUACCGUCAGACAGACGAUAUUUUAGCAGAUGCAGGAUGGCAUUGUAGCUUUUGCUUCCGCAGAAUUAGCGAAUUCAUAUUUAAGAUGAAAGCAUACAGUCAUUUUGAUAGAGUUCGAUUUACUCAUUUCUUACAUUCCAAGAGAGUUCAGAAUGUAAUCUGCAAGGGGGCUGAUCUGUUUGAUAUGCUACCAGAAGAGUACACCUUCAAAGAUAUCAUAGGGAAAAUGGGACCAAUUCCUCAUUCUUUCUCAGCUGUUCAUCUUCCAGCAUAUCUAUUGGAGAAUGCAGAAAAGUAUAAAUUCCUUUUGCCUGGGAAUUGCAUAAGAGAGAGUGGCUGAGCUGAUCCUUUCUUCUAGUCAUAAAGUUUUGAUGUCUAUCUGUUUCUGUAAAGGUUAGUUCAACUUGCAGCGGCUUGUGUGACUCUUCAUGAAGGUUUCAUCUGACAAUCGAUGACUGGUGCGUCACUGACUCGGCUCUGCCAAUCGAUUUGUUCAGCUAAAUUUAUUAUCAUUCUUUGGGAAAAUUGUUUGGGGGAUCCAUCAAAUUCAUGAGUUCUAAAGGGUGGUGCGGUUGUUGUACAUAAUUAUUUUUUUUAAGGAGUUGUUUCUUAACUUAUUGUGUAAAAUGUCUGCUCCCAAUUACAGUGCUAGGGUGUUAUGUUUACUUAGUUCUGUCUGCGUUGGCAUGAUUCCCGUUAUUAUAUGUAUACCCCACAAAAGAGCAUGACUUUUCACUAUGCUUCUUCCCCUUGUAGGGAAAUUUUGUAUCAGACAAAUUUUUCCACAUAUAUAUUCCUUUGGUUAUUUGCAAA